GCGGUGACGAACAUUUCAUAAGCCGAUCAAAUAAUCAUUCAUAAAGACUGUAUACAAUGCACUUUCGCGGCUAUCUAUAUCUACUCUCACUACUAUCAUAAUUUAUUAUCAGAGAUUUAGAGUGGCUUUUAUUAUUAUUCCCUAUUAUCGUUAAUCAUAUAACAAUAUUUAUGCAAAACAAAACCUAUCUAACAAAUCAGUACUAAUUGGUUGUCUUGUCACAUUUCUAGUAAAUCUACGACGUAGUGAUGUGCAUUACAUUCAUUGAAACAAAUCCUAAUCCUAAAAAUGGUGAAUAUAGGUUAAUUAUAGCAUCAAACCGAGAUGAAUUUUAUAAACGACCAUCCAAACAAGCUUUUAUCUGUCCUGAUACUAAAAUUAUCGGAGGUAGAGACCUUGAAGAAAAUCGAGAAAAUGGCAUGUGGUUAGGUCUGAGGGUAGAUGAAAAAAAGCAAAUACUACGCUUCGGUUGCCUAUUGAAUGUUACAGGCGAGGAAAAGAACGCCAAUGUGCAAAGCAGAGGAUUUAUUGUUCCGAACUACUUAAAAACCAAAGAUUCUCCAAUACUCUUCUUUGAGAAUUUAUUGAAAAGCGGUGAAUUUAACGCUUUCAAUUUGGUCUCUGUAGAAUUGAACAAAAAGGAAGUUACCACUUAUUUUUUAAGCAACACUCCAAAUCAAGUUUGCAAAUUUUCGGGAGAACAAACACUUGGUUUUGGUAAUUCACCUAUUAAUCGACCUUUAACCAAAGUCAGAAAUGGCCGAUAUAAAUUUAAAGAGAUAAUACAAACCUCUAAAUCAAAGGAAGAACUUAAAAACGCCCUUUUGAAGCUAUUGAAAUCUAGUGAAAAAAAUCUACCAGAUCCUGAAUUACAAAGAAGAGCUCCCCAAGCUUUCGAACAGUUAUCAUCUAUCUAUGUAGACAUAAAAAAAAUGUAUGGUACAAGAACACAUUCCAUAAUUUUAGUGGAUAAAGAUUGGAAUAUAGAAUUUCACGAAGAUACCAUGGAUUCGCCUAUCAAUCCAGAAGAUAUAAUUUGGAAAACUUCUUCGAUUAAAAGCAAUUUAUGAAAA